CCGUUCAUUCAUUGAAAAGAAAAUGAUAAGACAUCUAAUGACCUUCCUACGCUCGUAGGCAUCAAAGUGUGCCUUAUAGCUGGCUCUACAACAACUCUUGUUUUGAUAGUUUGAAGUUUUAACGGUAAGAUUCGCUUCUAUUGAUUGAAAACAUGGUGAUCUGGGUCGAGAAUUGCUUGUCCUGAUCAAGCAAUCUUGGUCGCCCUUUAAUAUUGUGACGCAAUUGUAAACUUCUAUCCAUUUUUGGCCAGUCCAAAUUGUCGAUCUAGCCAAUCCCGAUCAGCCUAGUUGGGGGCUGAUCUGCCAAAAGACAACUCAAACGUGAACACUUAAUCCAGAAACACCUGCGUGUGGAUUAAAACAUCAGUUUUGGACAAACCUGUUCCAGAUCGGAGUCGGGAAUAAGGGUGACUGGCCCAAAGAGCCAAACAAUUCAGAUAAGUCCGAACCCCUAAUUUCUUAAAUUGUAAAUAUUUUAUUAAUUUUUAAAAUUUUAAUUUUUUAUUGCAAUCGGAUCACUGAUCAAAUCUGCAAUUCGCCUAUCCAAACCAGACAACCGAAUUGUAUGGCUGAUCUGGGUUUUAAAAAACCGAUCAGUGCGACAACGAUCCUUAAAAAAACCGAAAAGCAUUUGAAUUCAUUUGUUUUGAAAAAGUAACUCACCAUUUUUAUACGGAAAUCUUGACUUACGAGCUUGAGGAGGAGCUGAGAAGCCGGCCGACUACUCGCUCGAGCCACAGCACGGCACGAGCGAAGCAAGUCACGUCUGCCACGUGUCAUUGUCGGCCACCCUCAGGACAUUUUAAACCGACGAGUCUGUCUACGAACGAGGCCACGAUGGACGAACCCUGCAACUCCUCUUCUUCUUCUUCUUCAAUGGACAGCAACAGUUAUGUUUCUCUCUCUACAUCCCCUUCUUCUCUCUCUAACCCACGUUCUGAUUUGAGCACCGAACUGAGAUUGGGUCUCAGCAUCUCCACGCCCCAACAUGAAAACUCUACCAGGAACAGGCUUGUAGAGAGAGGGAGAAAAAGGAAUCCCAACACAUUCUUUGUUAAAGUCUACAUGGAGGGGAUUCCAAUUGGAAGGAAGCUUGAUCUGUUUGCUCAUGCUGGUUAUGAUGGUUUAAUACGUGCACUUCGUGAUAUGUUCAGGACCCCAAUUCUUGGAGCUAACCAAUCCUAUGAUCCAGUUCGAGGAAACCAUAUUUUAACUUAUGAAGACAAGGAGGGCGACUGGAUGAUGGUGGGCGAUGUUCCUUGGGAGAUAUUCUUGACUACUGUGAAGAGAUUGAAGAUCACAAGGACAAGUUGAAACACCAACUCUCUCUCUGUCUACAUUUUUGUUUGUUUGGGGUACUUUUAAAGCGAACCCCGAGACACACUAUACUCUGUAGAAAUGUUGAAUGUGUACAUGUACAGGUAUAGCACUUAUGGAUCAUACAACGUGGGCCUUAUAUUUCUUUACUUUGAAAAUGGUUCAUUGCAUGUAUACACUUAGGAAACUUACAAGAGAGAAAGCUAGCAUCAAACCAAUGAGGGCAUCCUUAACAAUGGGUUGUCUAUUUUGCUUUUGGAGUGGUGUGGUCCUCCCUCAAACCGUGUCAUUGCAACAUGAAGCCCGUUAAAGGCACUCAAUGUAUGGUCCCCCGUGGUCCCUCACCAUACCGAUUAAAGAGACCUUGUAACCUAACCUUUGUCCAUUUUUAGGUCCAGCAAAGCAACAAUUAACUCCUAAGUGCUGGCCCUUUUAUGGAUUUGUCUUCUUUGGAUGUUGAGGCUGUUGACCAUAUUGAACUAAAUUUUGUCACCAAACCUUUUUACUAUUUCUUAAAUUAUAUUGCUGGAAUAAACUUCUAGAAAAUGGGGAAUGAUCUCAUGAGCCAUAAAUUAAAGAGAGAGAGAUAUAGGAUUGGGGAAAGGGGCUAGGAUCGUUGUAGUAGCAUCUCCCAUAUUUUAGUCGUACAUCGUGUUCUCCAAUCCCAUUGACAGUUUCAAAGAAAAAAAAAAAAGGGGAGAGUGAGCCCGGCUCAUUCAGAUCGCCUUGCAAUUAACAUAAGAGAGAAUAAUCUGAGCUCUGACCGGUGAGUAACUUGCUAUAUCGACUCUAGAAUUGUCGAGACGACACGGAUUGGAACCCUAGUGAUUUUGGACGGAGUCACUCAAGAAUCACUCUUUCGAAAUUUUCUAAGAAAAUCAGUUGAGUCGGGUCUCAUACACGACCAACAAUCGAGACCCACCCACCG